AUGGCGGAGGAAACACAGCAGCUGGGGUGGCAGCCGCCGGCCAGUGCCACCGGGAGGCGCGGUCGUCCCUCCGCCCGCGCGCCGGGGGCCGGCCCUGCCGCCUGCGCCUUUUUCCCCGCGCACACCGCGGCGGCGCGCGGCCACUCGCCAACCGCAGGGAGCGCGGUGGCUGCAGCGCCCUGCUCUCAGAAGAUGGUCCCCGCGGUCGGACAGCUCGCUCUGCUGCUAGUGCUAGGUAUUGUGUUAGCCGUUGGCCAGGCUCUGGAGAACAGCACAUCUCCCCGGAGCGACUCACCCGUGGCGGCUGCAGUGGUAUCGCAUUUUAACCAGUGCCCGGAUUCCCACACCCAGUUCUGCUUCCAUGGAACCUGCAGGUUUUUGGUACAGGAGGAAAAGCCAGCAUGUGUCUGCCACUCUGGGUACGUGGGCGCGCGCUGCGAGCAUGCAGACCUCCUGGCCGUGGUGGCUGCCAGCCAGAAGAAGCAGGCAAUCACUGCCUUGGUGGUGGUCUCCAUUGUGGCCCUGGCUGUCCUCAUUAUCACCUGUGUGCUGAUCCACUGCUGCCAGCUCCGCAAACACUGUGAGUGGUGCCGUGCCCUGGUCUGCAGACACGAGAAGCCCAGCGCCCUCCUGAAGGGAAGAACCGCUUGCUGCCACUCUGAGACAGUGGUCUGAAGAUACCAGAGGAAGAAUUUGACCAGGUGGCCCAUGACAGCCCAACCAGGGAAGGGCUUCUCAGGAACCACCACCACCGGCAGUGCCCAGGCCCCUGGGACAUGCUGGCAGACCUUCCUCCCUCAGUGCACAACCGCCUGUUUCGCCUUCUGUCCUUUAAAGGCCUUCAAAACUGUGUGAUAACGCUGCCUGCUGGGCUUCCUCAGUGCACCCUAAAGAAGAGGCCAGUGGACCACAUUUUAAAGACACGUCGAACAAGAAAGAA